UAGUUGAAAAGUGAGUGUUCGGUCGACAUGUUUCCGCCGGGACGAUGGCUUGUCCCAAUGUUCUUGCUGAUUUCGAACAGGAUAUGCUUGAUCAAAGGUGCCCAAAUUCUUGUCAUCGCCCCCUUUGAGUCACUUUCACAGUGCCUGCUGAUGACACCCUAUAUAGAGGCUUUAAAUAAUCGGGGUCACCAGAUGACCGUGAUACAUGCUUACAAAAUCUGCAAGCCCAUUGAGAAUGUGACCUUCAUCCGUGUAAGGGAUAAUGAUAGAGUUUAUUCAGAUUUUGAAGAAUUCAUGGGAAUCUCUUCAGAAAGUAAUAAGUGGGGAGAAAUGAAUUCCAUGUCAAGGAUCAUGAUAAAAGUUUUCCUAAAUGUUUUAAAUAACUGGGAAGUCCGAAAGCUAAUGCAAUCGAAUGCCACAUUUGACUUGGUUGUUAUGGAACCAAGUUUCACUGAUGUUCUUUACGGGAUGGCAGCACAUUUCAAUGCCCCGUUGGUGGGGAUAUCUACAUGUGUGGCGGAUUGGAAUCUUAACACUCUGGUGGGUCAUGGAACAUCCACAUUGGAGGAACCUUUUAUGCCUUAUGGCUCUAAGUACGCUCGAAAUAUUUGGGAUCGGAUAUUUAAUUGGUUCUAUACCACAGAGGAGUGGCUCCUGAUGAAAUUGGUUUACUUACCGAAACUGCGUCUCGUUUACGAUCAUUUCUUUGGUCAUGUGGAGAAGGGAUUUUAUGAGAUUCGUCAAGAAUUUGCACUAAUCCUGCUAAAUCAACACUUUAGCCUUUUUCAGGCCAGGGCGAAUGUUCCACGAAUGGUCGAGGUGGGUGGCUUCCAUAUCCCCAAAGAGGAUCCCAAACUGCCAGAGGAUCUUCAAGUAUUCAUUGAUGAGGCAGCACAUGGUGUUAUUUACUUUUCUUUGGGUGUGGAACAGGAGAGUAAGGAUCUCCCAAAGGAAACUCAGGAAAUGCUUUUUGAAACUUUCAAUUCGAUGCCACAGCGUGUGAUUUGGAAAUAUGAGGGUGAACCUCCAAAAAGUCUUGGUACUAAUAUCUAUAUUUCCGAACUCUUGCCACAGCGUGCCAUUUUGGCCCAUCCCAAUGUAAAGCUUUGUAUUAACCAUGGCGGUAUGCUAAGUAUCAUUGAGAGUGCCUACUAUGGUAAGCCGGUUUUGGGUCUGCCUUUGUUCUACGAUCAAUUCAGAAAUUUGGAAAUCAUGGAAGAAGGCGGUGCAGCCCACAAUUUAGACAUUUCAAGCGUAACUGGAGAUGUACUUAAGGAUACUAUAAAUCGCAUGAUAAGUCAGCCAAAAUACCAAGAGAAUGCCUUGGCUAUAUCGCAAAGAUUUCGGGAUCAGCCGAUGCAUCCCUUAGAAACGGCCAUCUAUUGGACGGAGUACAUUGCACGCUACAAGGGAGCACCCCAUAUGACCGUAUCUCAAUCACAGGUUAAGAUCUUCGAAUAUUAUUCCCUGGACAAGUUCCUGAUGGUUGGAAUUCGGUUAUCCCUGGUAAUGGGUAUCGUUUUCUUAUUACUUUCUAAAGGAAGGUGUUGCCUGUAUUACUUGACCAGAUUGACAAAACCAUUUAUGCCAGAUUUUGGUUUUCUAAAUAAUAACAAAGCAAAAAGUUAAGUUAAAGCUAAUGUUAUAUUAGUUUUUAAGAGUAAGUUUAAAAACCUAAGAAUUCCCAUAAAAUAGAUUUUAGUUCAUUAAAAAGAUAUACUUUUUUAAAACUUAAAAUAAAGAAUAGGUGUUUAAGAGAUAUCUAUAACCUUGUGGCAGUAGCUGCGCACUGAAAAUGUAUAUUUCGUAUUCGAUGGUAAUUAUUUUAUUGUUUUUCUUUGGAUUGAUUACAGGAGGGACAAUGAAUAAUAAGCACUGUGUGCAAGUUUAUCUUAUCUUAAUUGCCGCUUUAUUUAUGAUUGUUUCUAAGUGUUUUUAGAAUUAUUUUUGGAUCAGUUAUAGACAGGCAGAAAUGUUUGCGGUUGUUGCUUUGUUAAUAGAAAAUUACAAAUAAUGUUUGUUAA